CCCAGAAAUCAGAAGUUCUCGCCUUUGUAAUCUGCAAACAAAUUAGUUAUUGCCUUCUCUUCUGCCUAGACUACACAAGUCCAAAUGGCUUCAAAAGGGGUUGAGUUGAGUUUGCUCUUGGUUCUUGCACUGAUGCUUUGUCAUGGAGCCACAGCUCAAUCAGGCUGCACAAAUGUAGUCAUGAGCUUAGCUCCAUGCCUAAACUAUGUUACAGGAAAUUCCUCAACCCCAUCAUCUUCCUGCUGUUCAAAGCUUGCUAAUGUUGUUCAGUCUCAGCCUCAGUGUCUCUGUGCAUUGCUCAAUGAUGGUGGUUCAUCAGUUGGUGUUAACAUUAACCAGACCCUUGCUCUGUCACUUCCAGGAGCUUGCGAUGUGCAAACGCCACCAGUUAGCCGGUGCAAUUCUGCUAAUGGUCCAGCAAGCUCCCCAGCGAGUCCACCAGCAGAUUCUUCAGAUGAUACGCCUUCAAUUCCAAGCAUUCCUGGAGGAAGUGGAUCCAAGACAGUCCCAACAGCAGAUGGAACAUCAGAUGCAAGCAUCACAAGAAUCCAACUUCAGCUCACUUUGUUCAUAAUUUCCAUUGUCUUGUGUGCUUCAAACGCCAUGGGAUUCUGAUUCUGAGCUUGUCAAUGCAUCCCUUCAUUUCAUGCCCUUCAUUUUCUCCAUUGUCGAUGAAGAUUACCAUUGUGAAAAUUCCAGAGAGUGAUUUAUGCCCUGUCAUAUUUUUUAAUACGAUUUUUUUGUCUGAUUCUGUGAUUUCUCAAAGAUAAAGAUUAGUUCAACUUGGAGUGUGAUUGUAUCAUUAUUUGUUCUUUCUUGUUUUGGUCAAUGAAAAAAAGAGUGAAGGGAUCUUGGUUCGUUCUUCUGAAA